AUGCACAGACCACCGGAAGGAGUGGAGGGAGCCCAGGUCACCCGGCUGCCCUCCUUCAAAGCGCUGCUAAAGGAGCUGAGGAGCCGCAAUGCUGCCAUGACACUGCACGCCGCCAGCCUGGAGAGGCUCCUUGAGGGCCAGGCAACGGUGAGGAUCGCACAGAGAGAAAUCUCAGCCAUGCCCAUCACUCACACGUGGCCAGGGCACCAUGCAGCUCGCUGGGGCCCCUUUCUGCUGCAGGGCUCUUGGACGAGCACAGCACAUUUCUUGCAGGCUGAUGCAGAGGAGCGGCCCCCAUCUGUCGUCCCCUCUGGUGGCCAAGAUAGAAGUGGCCAGUUGGCUGAAGGUGAGACCCGCAGCCAGAGGAGGUGGCUGCCCUGGCGCUUUGCGCGGCCAGGGACCUCAGCGGCUGCAGAGGCACAGGGGCCGUCGCCCUCUGCCCACACGGGGGUUCUCUUUGGCCGGCCCCUGGCAGCUCUCUGCAGCCAGGAAGGUGCGCUGCCCCAGCCCAUCCAGGACCUGCUGGCUCUGCUGCACGAGCAGGGCCCAUCCACGGAGGGGAUCUUCCGGCUGGCGGCCAGCGAGCGCGCCUCCCGGGACAUCAGGGAGGCCCUGGACACCGGCGCUCAGGUCCACCUGGCCAGCCAGCCGGUGCACGUCCUGGCUGUCAUCUUGAAGGACUUCCUCCGCAAGAUCCCCUCCAAGCUCCUCCACUCGGAGCUUUACCAGCAGUGGAUGGAUGCCCUGCAAAAGACCAGCAGGCAGGAGAGGCUGGCGGGGCUCAAAGAGGUGGCCGGCAAGUUACCUGAGGCCAACCUCCUCCUCCUCCGAACCUUGCUCAGCCUGCUCCACAAGAUCAGCACCAAUGUCCCUGUCACCAAGAUGACUGCCAGGAACCUGGCCAUCUGCGUGGGGCCCAACCUCCUCAGCCCACCCGAGGAGGACACGCUGGCCCUGGAUGUCCUGAUGCAGGUGACAGGGAAGGUACGCUGUGUUUGCCAGCCCGCUGCAGCCUUCCCGGCCCACGCCAGCUUUGCUCUUCAGGGCUUCCUGGCUGCCUUCUCUCUUCAGCAAAUGCUCGUGGGGGAGCUGCUGCGAAGAGCAGCCCCACAGCUGCAGCUUUCUGUGCAGAAGGCACGAUCAGGAGUGGGAAGGGCUGUUGCACCCGUUUGCAGCCAGCGGGUUGGCAACCAAUGGUUUACUGUGUGCAGGUGUCGGAGCUGGUUGAGUUCCUCAUCCAACACCAUGAGGAACUCUUUGAGGAGCAGGAGGAGGAGGAGGCUGAGCUUCCAGGUGCACCGGCCGAGGCUGAACUUGCCAGCCAACAGGCGGAGGAGUCACCGGCACCAGAAGAAGAAGGAGAAACUGCCGAGGUAUGUGAGGUCCACACAGAGCGUGAGAGAAUGCCUCCCCACCCAGAAGGUGGGAUUGCCACUGUAGGGACUCUCUGUGCGGUGAUCCCAGCAGAAGUGGCACAGCUGAGCUGAGCAAACCCAUCCAAGGGAUGUGCCUUUUAGAGCUGAGAUGGAGAGUGUGCAGGUGUCAUCUUCUAUGUUUCUACUGCAGGUGCCUCCAGUUCCUCACGAAUGUGAACCCCAGGAGAGCACCUCUGGGCAGAACAGGUGACAUGAGCUAGCUUUGAUGAAGAGUAGAAUUGAUUCACGGUGAUCAGGGCUGUGCCUGUCUAACAAUCUUCCUGAAUGGACAGGUGUCCAAGCUCUUCGCAGCAAGGGGAAACACCAUCCCCCAGGAAGAGAAAGCACAGCUGCGAAGAGGAGGCCGGUGGCCCGCCACCCAAGCGAUGCCGAAAGCUGUGAACAGAGAGCUCAGCGAUGGGCUGUCGAGGUGGCCGAAGAAAUCACCCUCAUGCUGCCACCCUUUUGGCUCAGCUGGACGGUCUAGUGGGGCUUCUGAGAAAGAAGAUCACACCUCGUCCUUUCUGCAGAACUUUCACCAGCCCAUGAAGAAGUCUCACCAGUGUUGUCUGUGCGAGCCGUGAAAAGAGCUGCAGAAAGGGCACUUGACAGCUUUCAACACAUUUGUUUUCACAUGCCAGUUGGCAAUUUUCAGAUGUUUAGAACAGUGUUUUUAGCCACUAGGGCGAGAGAGUUUGUUAGUUCGUUUGUUUGCUAGUUAGUUAGAUAGUUAGUAAGUUAAGACGUUAGUUAGUUAGUUAGUUAGUUAGUUAGUUAGUUUCUACUGUAGGUAGCUGUCUACUGAAGACGUUUUUUCACAUUCCAGUUUUCAUUUUUCAAAUAUUUCCAGUAACGUUUUGAGCCAGUUUGGCGAGAGAGUUUGUUAUUUAGUUAGUUUAGUUUCUACUGUAGGUGUGGGUGUUCACUGUAAAUCCCACCGAAUUUGCCUCUGAUACGACUGUGAUUACUCUUCGUCUCCAAGCAAAGCGCCGCGUCGGAAGAGGAUGCGGUCCAAAAAAGGAUUUGUUGGGCCCCUAAGCAUUUCAGGCUUUCUGAAAUCAAAUCAGAGCUAGCAGGAGCUGCAAACUGGAAAUACUGAUUUCCACAUAAACCACUACUACUUCUGUCGCUGAGCCAAGCGCACAAGUUGAGGGUCACUACAUUUUAAUAGUGGCUCUCUUGAUUUGGAGUGUUACUAAGACCUUGUGAGUCCCUCAAGGUAAUGAUUCCAAAUGCGGGUGGAAAGUAAGGCAUGGAAGAGAUGUCAUCAUAUCUGGGGGACACCAACCAGAAAUGUCAGACUGCACACCUACAGAAAAGUGCUGGAACCUGUGUCUUUCUGUAAAAAUGAAUAAAUGCUCAAAAUAAUUCCGUUAAACUAAAGUUUAUUUUAAUAAAAGCCAGAGGGAUUGGAGGUCGGGGGGUGUGAGAGGGACAUGCUUAUCUGAUAUUUACUCUGGUCAGCAUUUUUCUGGCUUUAGAACUGAAUAAAUUUUCGUUGUCUAUUGCUUUGAAUUUUUAGAUCCUACAACACAAAAAACCUCUAUCCGCCUAUACUUGUGUGUGAGGGGGUGCAGCAGCACCUCUGGUGGAUAGAUGUAAACUACCGUAGUCCAGAAGCUCCCGCUACCAUGAGACAGUUUUUUCCAGCCCGUUUCUCCCUCUUCCCUAUCAAGAUUCUUCCCUACGACAUCCAUUUUGGUUUGGUUUGG